AUGGCCUGGCUUUGUACAGGAGCGGCUACGUGCGAAGAAGACAGUGACUGCUCGGCGCUGAAAAACUCCAUCUGCUAUGAGGGCCAGUGCACCUGUCCAUCCCAGUUCUUCCCCAACUACGACUACACGCUCUGUCUACCUCCCUCGGUGGACAGCAGCACGGGGUGCGAGGCGGCCAUGCAGUGCGCCGGCCGCCUGGGUCUGGGCGUGGAGUGCCACGACAGCGUGUGUCGCUGCGGACCCGGGAGCCACUAUCUGCACGGCAGCUGCCGCCGGUCCGCAGGUCUAGGGGAGCAGUGCACGGAAAGUGAUGAUUGCUUCGACAAUUACGCGACUCACACCUUGACGUGUGCCAGUGGAGUCUGCGCAUGUGCCGACGGUGCCUACGACCGCUAUGGCUCUUGCAGGCUGAAAGCAAGGGGCGCGGGUGACUCCUGCGACUACGACGAGGACUGCAGCCACACUGACACGUCGCUGUCGUGCAUCGAGAACGUCUGCACCACGAGCACUAGAGCCGCAGCCUCCAGAGCAAUGGUGAUUGCCAGCGCUUAUGUAGAGAGCAGAGAGGAUAACGAAAACAUUCCCAACGUGAUCCAGUGCGGCAAUUCGACGUGCGGCAAUACGACCUGCUCCGACGACACGCAGUGUGGCUUCGGGGAGACUUGCUCCGUGCUGGAAACCUGUGCCUGCAAAGCAGGCUUCUUCCGGGACAGCGACGGCGCCUGCAAACUGGAGCUGGGGGAGUCGUGCACGGCGGACGCCGACUGCUCGCACAUCGCCGGGGCGCGCUGCGGCGUCACGGACAGCUCCCGGAGCGCCACCUGCCACUGCGGGCCGCGCUGGGCGCCCGACCCCGUCAACAACUUCUGCCGACUCGCUCGUAAGAUGAACUACAGCUGCGCCGAGAACGCAAACUGCUUUUCCUUCGGGAAUGCCGUCUGUAAGGACUACAAAUGCGCCUGCGACGACGGCUUCCGCUUCGUCGAAGAGAGAAAUUUCUGCUGGCCAGUUAAAGCUCUGAAUGACGAGUGUUCAGAAACACUGGACUGCUACUACAAUGGCUCCAUAUGCUCGAACGGCACCUGCGCGUGUGCUGAGGGCUACCAUGAAACAUACAAAGGCACUUGUCUCAAGGACAUCAAAGAACUGGGCGAUGAAUGUGUGUCGUACAGCGAAUGCACCUCUAUGUUCGAACACUCCAUCUGCAGCGGUGGCCGGUGUGUAUGCGGUACCGGCUACCUACAAACUGGGCCAACAGUCUGUUCCGUGGGUAAGUACCUGGCACAGCGCUGA